AAAUGUAAAAGCCAUGAACAGUAGAAGAGCGAUUCACUCGAUCUCAGUUCAAAUUAUAAAAAAAAAAGCAAUUAUGAUAACAUAUGUUUUGGUUACACCAAUUAUAGAUAAUUUUCUAUCUUUAGCAAUUAGUAUAUAAGCGAUUAAUGAAGUUUUUUUUGGUAUUCGGUGGGUCGCAUUCUAUCAGUCCGUAAUACCAGUUGGGGUACAAGAUGAUUGGUACAACAAUACUUGGUAUUAUACUUAUGGGUCUUUUUGCCCAUUUCUAUAAAAAUGCUUAUAAGAGACAUGAAAAUUUUCCACCAGGCCCACCGAGUCUCCCAGUAUACGGCGCAUAUUGGUUGGUACUUUUAAAAGGGUUGAACAAUUUACCAAAUGCAUUUAUUAUGAAUGGUGACCUGAUCCAUCUGCCGCAUUACUUCGCGGUGCCAUUCAUUAACGGAGUCAUUCACAUCGUGACUCGUUCGACAGUCCCUAGAUCAGAAUACCACAAGUUGUGGGACGUGGCCCGCGGCGCCCUACUUUUCCAACGAAGCUCAAACGACCUGGGAGCCGCCCUUUCCCUUACGCCCUGCUUGAAAGAUAUUAUGCCUAAAUACAGUGGAUACAAAGACUUGAGAGACGGCAAUCAGGCGCUGCUAGAUUUCUUUACGAAACUUGUAAGGGAAGCGAUAGACACCUUCAAUGAAGAUUACGACAGGAACUUCCUAGACAUUUAUAUCAGAAAAAUGAAUGAGGAGAAGAAAUUAAACAAAACAACGUACUCAGAGGAUCAGUUGGUAUUGCUAUGCACGGACUACAUGUUCCCCGCGGCGUCUGCCGUGCAGGCACUACUCACUAUGUUGGUGGACCGUUUGCUGUUGCAUCCAGAAGCGCAGGACAAAGUGCACGAGGAGAUCGACAGAGUCAUUGGCCGCGACCGCAUGCCUACACUGGACGAUCGCAAAAACUUGCCGUACACAGAAGCUUGCAUUAGAGAGGCUCUCCGCAUGGACACGAUCGUCCCGCUCGGAGUGUCUCACCGCGCCACCUCAGACACAAAGCUGGGCGGAUACGAUAUCCCAGAGGAUACAAUGGUGAAUCUAAACUUCGUGACGCUGCACAUGAGCAAGGAGAUCUGGGGCGACCCGGAGAACUUCAGACCUGAGCGAUUUAUUGAGAACGGACAGUUGCAGCUCAGCAAGGACAGGACGUUACCUUUCGGAGCAGGUCGCAGAAUCUGUGCGGGAGAAACGUUCGCUCGUCAGACAAUGUUCCAGGUGUUCUCGAGCUUCAUGCAGGCGUUCAAGGUUUCUACAGCUGACGGCCUGCCUAAGACCAAGCCGGCGGUGAGGCUGCAAGGCAUCAUCACCUCUAUCCCUGACUGCUGGGUCAAAGUCACGCCGCGAGUUUGAAACUACCGUAUUGUAGAAUCAUUUACAUUUUUCACAAGUUUUAAAUUUAUUGUGAAUAUGAAGUAAAUGGAAUCAAUUAUUGAAAAAUUAAAUAAAAUUCAAAAUUACUAAAAUAUUUUUAAGUACUUUGUAUGUUGGGGUCUUGCACUACUUCGGAAAUUUUUGGGAUUUUUUUAGUAAAACUAUUGAUUUUAUGUUAUUUUCGGGGAUCAAUGGGAUAAAAAUUUGUUAAUUUAAUAUUAAGUUCGUUUUAACUAUUGUUGUCAUUUACUACACUAAAACUGUAAAAAUAUUUAAAAAGUGUAUGUUUCUUUCAACUAAGCA